ACGCUUGAGAACCCCCUUGAACGCCUCAUUGGCGGCUUCUGAGCUACACUAAUGGGGAAAGUGUCACGUUGUGCGACUUUUCGCUUAUGGUGGACCAAAUGAACAGCUUAUGUUGCAAUUUGGGAGAAGGGUUCUGCUUUCGCGUGGAGCUCGCGGGCUGGUCGGUGUGGAUUUAAUCCGGUUGACGCCUCGGAGCGUACUGCUAGCCCUGUUAGCGGCUACCUACAGCUAGCAAAACAUACAGCAAGACAGGUGAGGAUAAAUCCUGACAACCAUGGCAGGUGGAAUCACAGAGACGGGGGAGCCCUACUCUGCCUUUGUGGGUCUGGUGUACAUGUUCAACCUGAUUGUGGGAACAGGGGCCCUCACCAUGCCCAGAGCUUUCGCCACGGCCGGCUGGGUAGUCAGCUUGACGCUCAUCUCCUUCCUGGCGUUCAUGAGUUACAUGACCACCACCUUCGUGAUCGAGGCGAUGGCGGCGGCCAACGCUCAUCUGCGAUGGAAGAGGAGAGAGCAGGACGAGCAGAUUAAUGACGACUCUGCCUCAGACAUCUCAGACGAUGACAGCACAGCGAGGGGGCGGGCCGAACCGGAGACCAAGCCCAUCUUGUCAGUUCAACGUUCCGGCAGUACCGUGGACCACUUUGACAUUGCCGAGCGCGUAGAGAUGGGCCAGAUGGCGUCCAUGUUCUUCAACAAAGUGGGCGUCAACAUGUUCUACAUUUGCAUCAUCGUGUACCUGUACGGCGACCUGGCCAUCUACGCCGCUGCCGUGCCCAUUUCGCUCAUGGAGGUGGCCUGCGGGAACCAUUCGUGCAGCGCAGGAGCUGUGAAGUACAACGACACGGACGCGUGCUGGGGCUCGGUGACCAGGAAAGACGCCUACAGAGUUUUUCUGAGCCUUUUCACCGUUCUAUUGGGACCGUUCACGUUCUUCAACGCGCAGAAGACGAAAUACCUUCAGAUCCUCACUUCGCUCAUGCGCUGGAUUGCGUUCACCAUGAUGAUCAUCCUGGCGCUCCUGCGCAUCGGCAAGGGCGAAGGCGAGGGCCGCCCCUCCGCCGCCUCCCUGGCGGGCGUGCCCAAUCUCUUUGGGGUCUGCGUCUACUCCUUCAUGUGCCAGCACUCGCUGCCCUCGGUGGUGACGCCCAUCUCCGAGAAGAAGCGCGUGGGCGUGCUGGCGCUGGCCAACUACGUGCUGAUCCUGGGCUUCUACGCGCUGCUCUCCUUCACCGCCAUCUUCUGCUUCGACAGCGCGCUCCUCCAUGACAUGUACACGCUCAACUUCACGGACAACUGCCACGUCCUGGACGUGGCGGCGCUUCGCUACUUCCUGGGCCUUUUCCCCGUCUUCACCAUCAGCACCAACUUCCCCAUCAUCGCCGUCACCUUGCGCAACAACUGGAAGACGCUCUUCCACCGUGAGGGCGGCACCUACCCGUGGGUGGUGGACCGGGUGGUUUUCCCGCUCAUCACGCUGGUGCCGCCCAUCCUGGUGGCCUUUUGCACGCACAAUCUGGAGUCGCUGGUGGGCAUCACGGGCGCCUACGCCGGCACGGGCAUCCAGUACGUGGUGCCCGCCCUGCUGGUCUAUCACGCCCGCCGCCAUGUGGAACCCAUCACGGCCCGGCGUGCCGUCAACACGCACCGCUCGCCCUUCCGCCACGCUGCCUGGGUGUGGUUCGUGCUGCUGUGGGCUGUCUUCUGCCUCAUGUUCGUCACCGCCAACAUCAUUCUGACCGACGCCAAGAAGUGACGUGCUAGCUAGGUGCCUUUUUGGUUUUCACAGACGUCUACCUAAUUUUUCAAGACGGGCAAAAGCUUUUGUGUUGUUUGACAGACUAAACCUGAAGCGUGCUGUUUUUCUUCCAAGGAGUGACGUCAACCAACCGUUUCGGAGUUCCACAUGCAUCACAGAUGAAUCUUGUUUGUAGCGCCUCCUGAUUGGCCGAAUUGUUUCAACUUAUCACCCCAAUGUCUCAAUGACGUUGUACUUUUGGUUUCCUUUCCUUUUUUUGUGUGUGUGCGUGCGUGUGAGUGAGUGAGCAAGUGAGCGAGCGAGUGAGCGAGUGAGCGAGUGAGUGAGUGACGAAAGAAAACCAUCAGGCAGAGAGGUAUCCGUGUAGUUAAUAGGAUAUGCUGACGUUUCCAAAUAAGGCCAGGCGGGAGAAAGUGAACGCCUGGGAAAUGGUUGCUGUGGCAACAGUGGUGCCUUUUCAUUGGAUGUUUGUGCUCGUUGUUUUCAUUGACACCAAAGUGGACCAAAGUGUUUGUGUCAUGACAUCUACCUUUGUCUUGAGAGUUUGAUGCUUUUAAUAUAAUUUGAAUGAAUCACAAAGAGAUUAAAAUUGAUAUUUGUUAUUAA